UCCAAAGUAAGCAGUGCCUUCAACCAUAGAGUCUCUGCUUCAAGACAACAAUGGGCAGAAAGAGCUUCCAUUGUGUUUGAAGUCUCCUGAACUCCCCUGAUCAACAGCCCCAAGAAAGGCUUCACUACCUGACAUGAAGCCACUGUCAUCUCAGGAACUGAAAUGGCUAAGCAAAUCCAAAAAGAAAUACAGCAAGGUGUGGAAUCAUGGAUUGCUCUUGGGAACAGGAGGCCCCACCUCAGUAUCAUUUUAGUGGGAGAUAACCCAGCAAGCCACACUUACGUCAGGAAUAAGAUAAAAGCUGCUUCCGCUGUAGGUAUCUGCAGUGAGCUCAUCCUAAAGCCCGAGAACGUUUCUCAGGAGGAGCUUUUGGAUAUCACUGAUCAACUGAACAUGGACCCAAGAGUCAGUGGUAUACUUGUUCAGCUCCCUCUUCCAGACCAUAUGGAUGAAAGAACAAUAUGCAACGGAAUUGCCCCAGAAAAGGAUGUGGAUGGAUUUCAUAUUAUCAAUAUCGGAAGACUGUGCCUCGAUCAGCGCUCUCUGAUACCUGCCACUGCCAGUGCUGUCUGGGAAAUAAUAAAAAGAGCAGGAAUUGAAACAUUUGGGAGAAAUGUGGUUGUAGCAGGAAGAUCCAAGAAUGUAGGCAUGCCGAUCGCCAUGCUGCUGCACACGGACGGGGAGCAUGAGCGUCCUGGAGGAGACGCCACAGUGACGAUGGCUCACAGAUACACUCCCAGAGAGCAACUGAAGGCCCAUACUCAGCUGGCAGACAUUAUCAUAGUGGCUGCAGGUAUUCCCAGGUUGAUUACGGCUGAUAUGGUUAGAGAAGGCACAGCAGUAAUUGAUGUGGGUAUCAAUUAUGUUCAAGAUCCUACAACAGGAAAGAUUAAACUAGUUGGAGAUGUAGACUUCGAAGGUCUCCACAGGCACAAGAACCUACGUGAGAAGGGGAUGCCAGCCCGCACCUCGAGCAGAAGCCAAUGGUUGUUAUCUCCAGACCUUAAAAUGAAUCCUGAAAAGCAGACAUACUCCAACUCUAAGUAGUAUUCCAGGUCACUAUGGCUCUCUUUAUUUUGAAUAUUUAGUUCCACUUAUCCCCUGCUCAUGUUAUCUGUGGGCAGAAAGCAGGCUCAUAGCCAUUAGAGUCUCCAUAUUUCUGAGAACUCAAGGAUUAAGAGGGUAGCUCAAACUUUGCCUUGACAUCUUCUUCCCUGUUCCAGAAUGCUGUUAAAUUAUCUUUACUUAUCCUAUACAUGCUUCUGGAACCCAUUUAUGAGGACCUCCCCAUACUUUUUCAGGAAAUCCCUAACAUAGGAUUUAGCAAGGAACUAGAAGACCCCAGAGAAAGAUCUUUCUGCUGUGUGAUGAUGUGCAAACACCAUCAAACUGCUCAUGACAAGCGUGUCCCGUGUAUUCUCUGCUGGCUUCUUCCUUGGUCUCUUCUAUCCAGCACAUAUCUGUUCCCUUAAUUGGUUUUCAUCAAGUCUCCCUCUUUUGUUUAGUUUGAGCUGAUCUAGACCCAAUCUAAAGGGAAAUGCUUCGCCGUUCAUAUUUUCUGUCAACCUGUUUGGCUCAAAAGAAAAUCAAAAUGGGACAAAGACUGCUUUCCUUCAUCAAAGGCAUUUUAUCUUUGGAUCUUUUGUGCUUAGAGAAGAAAAUUUUUUUUUCUUCCUCCACACAGGAACAAAGUAAAAGAGUUCAGAGACAGAUUGAGUAACCGAGCUACCUGUCAAACUUAAAAGGACAAAAAUAUGUCAAGGUCAAUAAAGGUGAACUCAGACAUCAAUAUAGGUCACGCAGAGAUACAGCAAUGUCAAUGGAGGGCCAACUGAAAAUCGGUUUCACAGAAGUGUACACUGUACCCGCAGCACAUUCUCUGCGUUGGUUGCUAUGGGCAGACUGGGUAUCAGCCCUCGAAAGUAGGAAGUUGGUCCACAUAUUCAAACUGUAAACCACUUGGGGAAAACACCCUGUCUGGAACAAUGGCUUACACAUAAACAUUCCUUCCUAAGUACAUUUUUGAGUGGAGCCCACCAUUUCCCAGCAGAUCUAGCUAUGACAGGGUGUAGAAACUAUCAAGCGACAGUUUGGCCUUGUUCCAGCCAUAGCUGGAUUCUCCUUUUUCCUGGUAUCUUCCUUUUCUCAUGAAAUGUCUGCGGUGGGGAAAUUUGUAAAUGAUAGAAAUGUGUUUUUCUGUUCUGGAGGCUUGGGGGUUACAGAUCACAUUGUCCCUGUAGACUCAAUGUCUGGUGAAGAUCCAUUCUUCAAACACAGUGCAGUAAAUGGCAGAAAAGAUGGAAACACAGACAGGACUGGGAACCUUCCUUAACCUCUCUUAUGAGGACACCAAUAAGCUGGCUGUGACAGCCUGUCGUCCCAGAGAUCAGUAGGCUGAGACAGGAGAAUUGCCACAUGUUUGAGGCCAACCAAAACAACAUAGUGAGACCAAUCCUCGAAACAAAACAAAGCAAAACACUCAUCUAUCCACAAGUACAGUGUCCCUGUGGCUUAAUAAUUUUUAAAGUUCCUUAAAAAUACUGUCACCUUGGAUAUUAGGUCUCUGCAUAAAACUUUAGAAAUGGCACAUACUCUCAAACUGUAGCAAAUAGCAAAGCUGAGUGGCAGCCUGUUGGUACAGGUGAUUAGAAAAGAAAUCCCCAAACAGCGCCCUCAUAACAAGGGACAUGUGAGCAGUUGCUCGUUCUCUCUGUGUGUGAGGACGCCGUAAGAAGAGAUCAUAUUCCCCACAGUGCAGAAGCAUCUUAACUUGGGAAACUGUCCUUCUUGACAACUGUUGGGGCCAAACCCUGAGCUUUGUUUUUUACAGUUUCCCAAAGACAUGACCUAGCCUUAUCUCACAGAUUUGUCUUGUGUUGUCAAUCAUUACUAAGUUUGAGAUUCCUCAUUCUCAAUUGUGUCCCUCCUCAUCACAAACUCAACUGCUCUAGGUGGAAUGAAUGAGAAUUUCUCCUCUGUCAAAUAGAAGGGACUCAUCUCCAUUACUUAUGACACCCAAGCAAUACAAACCCUGUGAUACUGUUCCUUAAUUCAGCUCCUCUCUUUAGGUUCUUAAGACCAAAUUGUUGAGGAAUCAGUCCAGUAUAUAUAAGAAAACAGAAGUAAUCUGAGUAAGGAUAUAAAGCAAUUAUGGAAAAGUGAUCAUCGUUGCAUAUGAUAUUUUAAAGUAUUGGCCAGUCUAAAGUUUACAGUCUAGGGUUGAAGAAAUUCAACAAGGUUUUCAUGAAUGAAAUAGAUGAACAAAACACUUACUACCCCACCUACCCAUCAACCAUCAAAUGUCAUGUUAUGGUAAUUCUUUCAUUAGUCAAAAAAGAAUUCUUCCUUUCUCCAACAUUUCAAAAUACUAAUGCUCUUUUUAGCGUCAUGCAAGUAUUCCUCUGUUUGCGCAUCAGUUGUUCACAUCACAAAUGCAAUUGAAAUAAUUCUGAAUUAGAUAAACUGAGGCAAAGGUAGCACAAUCAUACAAAAGAUUAACUAUGCUUGUCACUACAUUGCCAGGUGAAAGAAAUUUUUCAAUGUCGUUUUAAUCUUGUGAGACCACCAUUACACACACUCUGCCCUUGAUCCCAGAAUCAAUAAAUUCCACACGGCUGUACUGUCUUCUUUAGUGUCAAAUACAUCAUAUUCUUUUGCAAUUAUUGUAUCAUCAACCUCAUGAUAAAUAUAGUAUUGUUAUGACUGAUGAUUUAAUGACUCUGAGGAGUCUAUAUUACCACAAAUAAAUCAUCCUACCACUAUAUUUUUUAUUAUGUAUUUAAUUUAUGCCCAUAACAUCAUUAUUUAUUCUAUACCACUGAUUAUGUCACUAUAAAUUCUGUUUUGUUAGCUGUAUUAGAUGUUAUUGUUAUGUGUCUUUGAUGAAAACCAUAGUGCAAGUCUCUCCUAUUCAGAUUUCUUUAACAGAAGCAUCUAGCAAUACACGUUCUCUUCGUGUUUACCUCUAAAGUGUUGGUCCACAAUCAUUGCAUCUCUCCAGUGUUCAAUGUAAUCGAUCGCUACACCUCUGCCUUACAGUCACUAAAAGGAAGAAGAGUUCCAAGGCCUACUGUUAGGUGAGAGAAGCAUUAGAUUCCUGCAAGGGUAAUACUAACUCGAGGAAACAAAGCGUAGACUCCUGAUGAAAAUGAGACAGGGCCAAGAAAAGACCCAAGAGAGUGACAGAGUCAUCGUCUCCAAAGCCCCAGGAAGAAAUAGCACGCCACUCCCGAUGAUUGGGAGACAAUUGAAAUGGAGUUUGUGGAGAGACUGGAAUGAAUGCAGAGAGUGAACUGGGCAGGAUUUGCCUCCACCUCUGCCACCAUUUUAUACCAAGAGAGGCUUCUCAACUGAAACGAAGCAAAGAGACAUAAUGGACCUAUCUGAGCAGUAUAGGCCAAAACAUCAGUCAAGACAGAGCCUAAAUCCAUCCUGUACCCAGUGCAUAUGUGACUCUACCCAAACCGACUCAUAAAGUCACUGAAAACUGUAGAGGAAAAAAAUUGAAUUGGUCUAAAUAACUUUGGGGGGAAAAAGUUUUGACUAAAAACUAUAGGUUAAAGAAAAAAAUGAAUUGUUUGUAAACACUGUGCUCUAGUUGUUAAUAGUUCUCAUGGGGAUUAUGGGUCAAUAAUCCUGAAAUUCCUGAAUAUGUAUCUUGGGACUGAACAAAUGUGUAUAUCAAUGGCAGAUAGUGGGCGACAAGCCCUCACUAUCAAGAGAAGAGUUAUGGAUCAGCAAGAGCAAAGUUGGAAUGAGACCUGUGGUUCUGAAAUAGAGUUAUCAGGUGGCACGGAUGUGCACAUAGAUGAUAGAUGGAUGAAUGGAUGAUAAAUAAAUAGACAGACAGAUAGACAGAUAGAUAGAUAGAUAGAUAGAUAGAUAGCCAGAUAGACGACUGUGUGUGUUUAUCCAUAUACGUAUGUCCACAUACUUAAUAUUUCUUAGCUCUAUUCUUUACAAAGUAGUAAAAACAGUGAGCGCUCACUAGUGAGGGGCAUAGUCGGUACUCAGAUCUUUCUAAUACCGUUCUCUACUGACAGGAACCAGGGCUCCUGGAAAUGGUGCUCAAAGACUGAGGAAUGGAAAGCACAGACUAAUCUGUAGCAUCUUGCAAUGUCAGGAAGUGAAAGAUACAUAGAAACGAAGGAUGCAGACACCUAGAAGGGAUACAAUAGCCAACCUGAAAGGAGCCCGAAUGUCCAAAGCUGUGAUAAUUUAAGUAACAAAAUAUAUAACUGAAUUAUUGCCCCAAAUCCAGAAUGAAUAUUGAGUUCAUUUUGCUAUAAACAGUUGAAUAACUGUGAAGCAAAUCUGUCUUCCCGAAGAAAUCUAAUAAAACACAUAGAUGUCUCCCCACCCCUGCUGUGGGAACUCCUUCAGACAGUGGCCUUUAAGAUACCAGCCCACUUGAGUGUGGCCUCUUAAACAAAAAAUGCCGACUCAAAGCAUGUGCUGGUUCUCUCUUCCAGCUUCUGGAUUCAGCUCCUGUUCCCCAUUUUUGCAGAGGAUUGUGAUCUGUCAUUCUACCCCUAAAUAAAUAACCCUUUAUUAUGCUCAGUUCUGAGCUCGUGAGGGAUUAUUUUAUAGCGUCCAUCCAUCACCAUCCCUCCAGAAACUUGAUACCUUUCAUACGUCACUUUGUGGGUGAGAUGUAUGACUGUUUGCUUCCCCAAAAAGACUGUGCAAAAGGAAAAGUAAUAGCUUCACAGUAAAAAUGCUUGGUAAACACCACCUUUAAGAAAUAAGUCAUCAAACUAACCUCCCAGUAUUAAAUGAUGUUGACAUCAUAUCAUGUCCCCAGUGUGUUAUGAGACCAACUUUAACACAUGUGCAUGCAAUCACACACAGACACACACACAGACACACACACACACACACACACACACACACACACACACACACACCAGUAAACCUACAAUAUUCUGGUAGCCCAGCCUUCCGAAUCAUGAAGCAGAAUGCAUAGACAAACAGCUAGAUGACAGACAGAUGGGAAUUAUUCCCCAAAGACUGACAAAACCAGAACUGACCUGGACUCAUUAGUAUCAGAUGUUGACUCCAAGGGAAACUGGAGAUGUGGAGGUUUAGGAAGUAGUGCAUUUGGGGGCAUAAUUCUGUGUUUUAAGCUUCCCUUUGGUAUCUGGGAGUCUGGGAGUGGUUAUCUAGAAGGUAACCAGUGCCUUGCAGAUAGUGCAUCUAAAUCUCAACACUUAUUCACCCAGUUGAAGAGCAACUCCUUACUCAAAAUUGUCUGACUAGCCUUCCUGGUUUCCGUUAGGCCAGGUCCCCGUCUUCAUUCUACCCUUCCAGUCUUUCUCCUACCUCUGAUACUUUCAUCAGGAGACAAAGUACAGGUUGGAGGAGAGGAGGGUGUGGAAUAUAAGAGGAUUGAAAAAGACCUUCCUUUAAAUGUGGCGUCAUCAUCUUUUCAAGAAUCUUGCUUAAAAUGAAACUAUAAAGGAAUAUUAAGAACAAGUUAUGGAAGAAUAUGCAUAAUUUGAAAGCAAGUAUAUAAUAAUAAAAUUUUCAUACGGCUAUAAGUGAAUAUGUAUGUAAAUUCAUAGGCAAUGGUUGGGUAAAUCUUGAAAAUUCGUAGGACAAACUAUAUAUGAGCAAUCACUUCCUGGAACAGAGAAAAGAAUCUAGCAUGGAAUGUAACUUUUAAAUUUUUACAUGACUCUUUCACCAUCCAACUCUUUUUUUAUUGGUUUUUAUUGACCUCUACAUUUUUCUCUGCUCC